AUGGUAGCUAAGAGGCGCUCAAAUAAACGUAAGGUAGAAGCAUUGCAACAACGAGUCUCGGCGAAUCGACGUGAACGGCAACGUACCAAGGAAUUAAAUGAUGCAUUUGCGAUACUUCGACGGAUUGUACCCUCCUUACCCUCCGACAAAAUGAGUAAAAUUCAUACUCUUCGUAUAGCGACUGAUUAUAUCCGAUUUCUUGAUCAGAUGAACGGCGAUGGAUGUAGAUUAUUUGGUUGUGAUAUGCCGCUUUACGAAGGAAAUUUGCAAACAACUUUUAAUAUGUGGAGAGGAGGUAUGGCUUCUCAGCCUCAGUAUUAUCCAGAAACUGUAUCAAGCUCCUCUUAUAUUAAAUCCGGUUAG